GCCGCUACCAUCCCCGCUUAUAAGAUCCCGUUACCGCCCAUGUCCGACCCCCCACACUUCCCCCAGCCAUGUCCUCCUUACGCCCGUCACCGCCCCAGCCCAGCCACCACCACCUACGAACCUGGCGGGUCCGGGAAAGCCUGACGACCCGGACCGCCAAGCUCCUCUGCUCCUUCUUCCUCUUCCUCCUCCUUGCCGCGGGCGUCAUCCUCUUCGUCCUCUGGCUCAGCGUCCAUCCCCACCGCCCCCGCUUCCACGUCUCUUCCUUCUCCGCCCCCGGCCUCUCCCCCGCCGCCGGCACGGCGUUCUCCUUCAACGUCUCCGACCGGAACCCGAACCGAAACAUCGGCAUCUUCUACGACGCCGUCGCCGGUUCGGUCUUCUACCGGGGCAACCGGGUCGGAUUCGAACCCGAGCUGGUGGGCCCGUUCUACCAGCCGCCGAAGAACACGACGGCGAUCCUCGGGGAGGUGAGCGGGGCGUCGCUGUCGCCGGAGGAGCUGGCGGUGGACCUGCAAUCCGGCCGGGUUGGCUUCCGGCUCGAGCUGCGCUCGACCAUCCGGUUCAGGGUGUCGACCUGGGACACCCACCGGCACCGGUUGCACGUCGCUUGCGACGUGGAGGUGGGACCCGACGGCGCGCUUUUGGAGGUGUCCAGGAGCAGGAGAUGCUCCAUUUAUUUCUUUUAGGGCAAACGGGGUAUUUUAGCAGCAAUUCUUUUUGGAAAAAAUUGUUUGGAAAGGCUUGUAAAUCUAGAGGCGUGAUUCUUGAUGUAAUCCGUACGCCUAGGGUGGAUGUUGAACAACAAAGAAUAAUGCAGAGAUGAAGCCAACUUGAGGUCUGAGAAGGCGAAGAAAACUUUCAAGUUGGGUUAAGAGUAGCAGCAUAUCUCCUAAAUCCAAGUUAUACCGGCAAAGAAUCUAGUUAACAUCACCUUUCCAGUUAUAUAACUUGGAAGCUGACGUACAUUGGAAGCUAACCUAACAUGUUCUUUGUUGAGGGUCCAAGGAACGUAUUCUAGCUAUGUAACUAUAAAGAUUGAAGGCUCAAGCUCAAGUGUGUGAUUGUAGAUGGUGAAGAAAAAGUUGAGAUUCUGUUCAUUUAAGAAAGAAAUAAUUCCCAGGCCCCACCUCCUGAUUACCUUACUUGAUGACAUGGAUACUUCUGAUGAU